CACCCGACUGCACAUUCUCUCACUCAGUGAAGAGAGAGAGAGAGAGAGAGAGAGAGAGAGAGAGAGGGAGAGAGGAACGGCAACUUUUUAGCAGAAAGCGCGCAGAAACUCCCCGCCGCAUCUCGAGACUGCUGGCAUCCGCCAGGAACAGCGCGCGCGUCUCCAGCAAUACGGACCGUUAAAAGAUGUGAUUAUUUUCCAUUUCUGUCUCCGACAGGUGUCUUUAUUUCACAGAAGAACAAAGAUGAGAAUUCACUAUUCUAAAGCCACUUCCAUCCUCAUCAUCCUUCAGACGCUGUGGUGGGGCUUGAAUAGUCAAUGUGAGGAACCAAUAGAAAGCUCCAAACUCGACCUCUCUGUGACCUAUGACCUCCCUCACUUUGUGUCCGACACUCCCAUCCAGAAGCUGUUGGAAUUCAAUGGAACUGUGUAUGUCGGUGCGGUCAACAAGCUGUACGCUCUGUCAAAAGACCUUGAGAAGAUACACGAGUAUAAUACCGGACCUGUCCAUGAGAGUCAUGACUGCAGUGCACCAGAUCCAUGCAGUGGUUGCAAAAACAAACCCCUCAACAAAAACAACACCAAUAUGGCCCUGUUGAUGGAGACUUUCUAUGAUCUUGAGCUCUUCAGCUGUGGUUCGGUUGGGAACGGCGUCUGCCGUCGUUACCUGUUAGAGGAUGGACCCCUGGAUGCGGAAAUUAGUUGCAUGUAUUCAAAGAAGAACAAAGACAGCAGCCACGGUUGCCCAGACUGCCUGGCAGGAUCUUCAGGCACUCAAAUCCUAAACGUGAUGAGCAGCGGCGUCGUGAGGUUCUUUGUGGCAAACUCUGAGCCUAUGGACUCCAGCGUCCCACGUCUCCACCACACCAUCUCCGUUAGGAAGAUGAGAGAGACUCAGGACGGCUUUGAGUUCUUUUCCGAACAGUCCUACAUGGACUUGGCCCCGGGGCUGCGUGGAAGCUACCCACUGCACUACGUCUACUCUUUCCAGAGCGGCCCAUACGUGUAUUUUCUCACUGUUCAACGAGAAGGUGGCAGCUCAAGCGCCUUCCACACGAGGAUCGUACGCAUGUGCUCUUCAGAUCCUGAGAUCUUGCGUUACGUUGAAAUGCCAUUCGAGUGUAUUUACUCCGAGCGAAGAAGAAAGAAGCGGUCGGCUCAGGUGGUUUUCAAUGUUCUCCAGGCUGCACACGUGGCAAAAGUCGGCCACGACUUUCAGCAGGAGAUGGGCCUGAAAGAAGGAGAGGACGUGCUGUUCGCUGCCUUUGCCCGGAGCAAACCCGACUCACCGGAGCCCACGGCCAGCUCUGCCGUUUGCCUUAUCUCCAUCACAGACAUCAAUAACUUCUUCAGGGAUUUCAUUCAGAAGGGAUACACGAGGAAGCUCAGUCACUUUCCAGGAUCAGAGGAGAAAAGCUUCAACCAGAGCUUCGCAGGAGAUUCCUUCAGCUGUGGCAAACACGAAAGAGGCUACCGGUUAGAGGUUACAAGCACCAAUCCGCGUCGGGACUACUUUCACGGACGCUUCCGGAAUGUUCUUCUCACUUCCAUAGCUGUGGUACCCAUCCAGAACCACACUGUGGUCAGCCUAGGCACAGCUGACGGCCGUGUCAUCCAGGCCACCCAUUUUUGCUGGCAUCCUCCGCAGGUGGUGGUUUCCCGCUUUGGCAAGACGGAGCCGCAUGUGGAUUUCCGCUUGGACACUCUCCCUGUGUCCUCCGAGAUGGCCCUGCUGUCUCCACAGCGUCACGACGGCUCCUUAUUGUUGGUAACAGGAAACAAGGUCUCUAAGGUUCCUCUGAGAGGUCCUGGAUGUGAACAGCUGUGGACUUGUAGCUCCUGUCUUCUGGCUCCAGCCUUCAUGGGCUGUGGAUGGUGCAAGACCAGCAAUCGCUGCAUGAGGGCUCCUCGGUGCUCCCCCUCUCAUUGGAUCCAGGAUUCUUGCCCCCUCCUAAUCACCACGAUUUCUCCUUCCUCUGCUCCAUUCGGAGGCAACACCAUCAUGACAAUCUGUGGCAAAAACUUUGGUUUCAAUAAGAAAGAUCGCUUUGAUACCAAGCUGAUUGAUGUGGUGGUGGCUGGAACUAAAUGUAAAUUGGAAAGGAAAGACAGCAGUAAUAAUCGGUUGGUCUGCGGACUAGAUCAUGUGAACGCAUCCAGUGCUGACUCCGUGGUCAGGGUGCAGAGUGGCAAAGAACAGGCCCAGAAAGACGGUUUCACAUUUGUGAAUCCAGUUAUCGCGGAGAUCUUCCCAGAGUUUGGCCCUAAAUCUGGUGGAACAGUACUCACUAUCACAGGCUCAUUCCUGGAUAGUGGAAAUAUUCAACAGGUUACUGUGGGCAAUGCUACCUGUGCUAGGCAGAGUAUUUCAGCCACAAUGUUGACAUGUCGGACACCACCUCAGCCAUCACCGUCUCAACACAAGGUUCAGCUGCACAUUGAUGGAGUGAUUCGUGAAGCUCCUGUCAGCUACACCUACAAUGAGAACCCACACAUCUCCAGUGUCCAGCCCAAGCAUUCCUUUAUCAGCGGAGGAAGCACGGUGACAGUUAAUGGCUUCUACCUCCACUCAGCCCUACAACCUCAGAUGGUUCUCACUGCCGCCACAGAGGGCAAAGUCUUCCAAGUGACCUGCAGUCACGAUGAAGAUAAGCGAAAUAUCCUUUGUAUCACACCCUCCCUGAAAGGCCUCAGUGUUCAGCCUCCCGUUGCCACAAAAAUGACCUUCGUGUUAGAUGGUUUCUCCACCGAUCAGUAUGACCUACUAUAUGUUGAAGACCCAAAGUUCGAGGAGUUUCAGAAGCCUACAGUUACACCGAGAGGCAACAAGAGCAUUCUGGAGAUUAAGGUCCCCCCUGUGAAUCAAGAGGCGGUGAAAAACGGCGAAGUGCUGAGAGUUUCGAACCGGACCUGUGAGAGUGUCACUUUGGUGGGCAACACGCUCGAAUGCACCGUACCCAUGGAGCUCCAGUCCGCCGCCAAAGAGCUGGAGGUGGAGUGGAAGCAGGCCACAUCAUCUGUGAUCCUAGGUCGUGUGGUUUUGGCUCAAGACCAGGACUACAGGAUACUGAUCACAGGGGGAGUGUGUGUGUCCAUCCUUCUACUGCUCCUGAUCGCAGUCUUUGUUUGGAUCAAAAGGAAAAAGCAUAUUGAUGAUUUAGCUAAGGCUAUGGUUUGGUAUGACGGCCGGGCUCACAUUCCGCACUUGGACAUGUUGGCAAACGCGAGGAGUGUCAGUCCGACUAAUGAAAUGGUCUCUCACGAGUCGGUGGACUAUAGAACCACUUUGCUUGAGGACCAAAACUUGCCCCUGUCUCAGGCCGAGUCCUGCCGGCCUCAUCUCUACGCUCAUGCCCAUGUGGAUUUGUCCCCUAUGCUCGGGCCGAUAGAAGGGGACCUGGCGUCUCCACUUUUGCCAUCUAAUGCACCCAUAGAUCUGGGCAGCCUCCAUCCAGAGCUGCUGAAGGAAGUGCAGCACGUGGUCAUCGCCCGGGAAGAUCUGCUCCUUCAUGUGAAUGAGAUCAUCGGGAGAGGGCACUUUGGCUGUGUGUUCCAUGGAACCCUGCUCGAACCAGAUGGCCAGAAGCAGCACUGCGCCGUCAAGUCCUUAAACCGAAUCACCGAUAUAGAGGAGGUGUCCCAGUUCCUGAAGGAGGGCAUCAUCAUGAAAGACUUCAGCCAUCCCAAUGUGCUCUCUCUGCUGGGAAUCUGUCUGCCCAGCGAAGGCUCGCCUCUCGUCGUGUUGCCAUAUAUGAAGCAUGGAGAUCUGCGAAAUUUCAUCAGAGACGAAGCUCACAACCCCACAGUGAAGGACCUGAUGGGUUUCGGGCUGCAGGUGGCUAAAGGAAUGGAAUAUCUCGCCAGCAAGAAGUUUGUACACAGAGACCUUGCGGCCAGAAACUGCAUGUUGGAUGAGAGCUACACAGUAAAGGUGGCUGAUUUCGGUCUAGCCAGAGACGUGUAUGAUAAAGAAUACUACAGUGUGCACAACAAGCACGGAGUCAAGCUGCCUGUCAAAUGGAUGGCAUUAGAAAGUCUGCAGACACACAAGUUUACCACUAAAUCUGAUGUGUGGUCGUUCGGUGUGUUGCUAUGGGAACUCAUGACCCGGGGCGCCCCGCCUUACUCCGACGUGAACUCCUUCGACAUUACUAUCUUCCUCCUGCAAGGACGAAGACUGCUACAGCCAGAGUUCUGCCCGGACGCACUAUAUAAUGUCAUGAUCGAGUGCUGGCACCCCAAACCCGAGCGCCGUCCCACAUUCUCAGAGCUCGUGUCCCGCAUCUCCGCCAUCUUCUCCAGCUUCAGCGGCGAGCACUACAUCCUCCUCAACACCACUUACGUCAACAUCGAUAAGAUGACGCCCUACCCCUCUCUCAUCUCCUCUCAGAGUAACCUGGACCGUGACUGCUGCACCUGAAAGACAAAGACACCAGACAGAGGGAGGCAGAGACAGGAGAUCAACAACAAAAAAAGCCAUUGCCGUUCAUGAAAGACACUGGACUGGCUGCCAGGGGCGGCUUUCAUCAUUAAAGGAGGAAGAAAGCGGCCCAAGGACACUGUGAAAGACUUAAAAGGCACGGACACUCCCUUAAUCGCUGUAAAUAGAUUACGAUGAGCCGUGACCUGUGGAGUUAAGGUUCUCCAGGCGAGCACGAGAUGGUCCUGAUCUCCUGGGACGGAGAUUGUAACCCCACUGCCACUGGCAUCUCAUUAACAUUUCAUCUGUAGGGCUGCGUUUGAGACCAUCUGAUUCAUUCAUGCCAUUGGCAGAUGCUUUCAAACGACUUCAAGAUGUCUCGACUUGUGUUCUCCGACGUAACCCGAGCAUACGUCGACCGAUUUAUUUUCUGUGAAAAGUGUCAUAAAACGUUGUGCAUGCCUUCAUACUAUGAACUGAACGCUGCAUAAUGAAGUUUUCAGGAGAACGCUGGACUCACGUGAUGUUCGUGAUUUUUUUUUGAGGAACUUUGAGUGUGUCAAUGUUCUUGUGAGGCCUGUGAUUCUUUUUCGUCACUUACGUUCAGAUGAUUGUUUUCUGUCCUGGCUACUACGAGAUUUCCUCUGUAGUUCUAUAUUUUUAUAUAAUCAGCUUAAGUUUAGUGUCAAAGUCAACAUACUACAAGGCUCACAUGGAAUCUGCGCAGCUUUUUCACAUUUUCGCCACUGAUUAAGAGCAUAAGAUACACAUGCAUAUAUCUAUAGAGAUAUUAUAAAUACAUGCUUUUUGUAUAUAUUUUAAUUGUUUAAAGUAUAUAUUUACAUAAAUAGAUAGACAUGCAUAUAUAUCUAAUUCUGCAUAUGCGCACACAAAAAUACUAUACAUAGAGAGUAAAAAUGUGUGAGACUUUGUGAACAGCAGGCGCAGAUUCAGUGUGAGAGAGUAUGUUUCUAUGUAGUGAAGAUGACUAUGAAUGUGACUUGCCAUAACGGACUACUGUAUGAUGUACAUAAUUUGUCUCUAUUCCUUAUUGUCUGACUUGCUGUGUGAUACAUGUAUAUAUAGCCUAUGAACACAGUACAAUAUAGACAGUUUGGUAUAACAGUUAAAUGAGGUCAAUCAACAUUUCAUUUUAUCCCUAUGUGAGUGAAGUUCUAGUGUUAUUGUUACAAAUUAUCGGAAAAAAAAAAGCAGGCUGAAUCUUGAUUCGUUUUAUGUCAUGGUUUCGGUUUCACCAUGAAAACCUUUCUUUUCUUUGGACCUGUCAAGACCGUCUUCUUAAGAUUUCUAUAUGGAGAUCCAACUCAGAAAUGGUACAAAUGACAAUAUUUCUGUCGUUCCAGUCAUGAUAAUAAAGUUUUAUUAUGUGUGUCAUAUAUAAA